AUGCGCCUUCAUGACUUUUCAAAUGAUCUUAGAGGACUGGAUCUUAUACUUGCAGAUGUUCAAGGUUGGCCAAAAGUUGAUGUUUACACAGGAGCGAGAAAUUUGAGGAAUGACUAUGUAACCAAGGUAAAAAUACUUGCUCCUCUCUUCGAAAAUAUCUUCAAUAUGCUCAACAAUUCCGCUUGGGAAUUUAUUGAUUAUUUGCUGUGGAGACUAUUCGGGAAAGAGAAACCCAGUAGACGUUUGACUUGCAAAAAGAAGUAUAAAAUUCAACGCAAAGUUCGUGAACAUUCAAAGAAGAUCAAAAAAUUGGAUAAAGCCUCAGCAAAAAAGAAAGGAAGAAAAGGAGAAAAAUCUAUUGCAGUGCCAGGCAAAUGUCCAUUUAAGGAAGAUUUAUUAAAAGAAGCGGAGACGAGACGUGAACAAAUUAAAGAUGAGGCACGAGAAAAGAAACUUAAAGUUAAAGCGUCUUUAAAAUUAAAAAAGAGUGGAAAACAAGUGAAUAAGGAAGUAAAGAAGUCUUUGGAAGAAUUUGUUAAGAAGGCUGAAAAUGAUAGGGAACUCUUUGAAUCCGCACACGAUCAAUAUCUCGUGGAAUCGUUGCCUGAAGUUGUUGAAAGUGAUGGAAAGUCGGCAAGAACUUACGCUUCUGAAGUGCGAAAAACAAUUGAAAAUGCGGAUAUUCUUAUCGAGGUUCUUGAUGCUCGCGAUCCUAUUGGAAGUCGCAGUCCCAAAAUUGAAAAGCUCGUUAUUGACAAAGGCAAACGGCUUGUUUUGUUGUUAAACAAAAUUGAUUUGGUUCCGAAGGAGAACGUGAAGAAAUGGCUUUUGUAUUUCCGAAAUUAUUUACCGACAAUUGCAUUUAAAGCUUCAGUUCAAGAACAAACUCAAAAAUUGGGGCGAUUUUCUCACUCAAAUUUGUUGUCAGCUUCAAACUCUUCUAAAUGUGUCGGUGCUGAUUUGGUAAUGAAACUUUUGGGAAACUAUUGCCGUGUUAAAGAUAUAAAGACUUCUAUUCGUGUUGGCGUGAUAGGUUUUCCAAAUGUUGGCAAAAGCAGUGUGAUAAACAGUUUGAAAAGGAAACGUUCAUGUCAGACAGGUGCAACGCCAGGAUUAACAAGGCAAAUGCAAGAAAUUCAACUAGACAAACACAUUUGUUUAAUUGACUCUCCUGGUGUUGUGUUGGAAUCAAAAAAGAGCGGUGAAAACUUUGAUUUGGCUGAAUUAGCGCUUAAAAACGCUGUCAGGGUUGAAACACUUUCUGAUCCAUGUACACCAGUUAAAGCUGUUCUUCGACGUUGUUCAGUCAAAAUGUUAAUGCUUCAUUACAAUAUUCCUGAAUUUGAUGAUUGUGAUAGUUUUUUGGCUUUACUUGCAAAACGUUCUGGACGUAUGAAGAAGGGUGGAAGGCCAGAUUUGAAUGCAGCUGCAAAACAGGUCUUAAAUGACUGGAACAGUGGGAAAUUACAUUAUUUCACUGAACCUCCAGAACAACAAAUUGUCUCGGAAUUUCAACCUGAGUUGGUGUCAGAAUUUGUAAAGGAAUUUGAUUUGAACAAUUUAGAGGAGAAUAUUCGAGUUUUAGUAGAUUCAUUGCCUGACCAAAGAAUGGUUUCUGCCUCUGCUUAUGAUGCUUCUUUGCCCAUUUCUGACGGAAAUAUGGAAGUAACAAUUGAUGAAAGUGAAGUGAAUGAUGGGGAAAUGGAAGUGGAUGAUCAGAAUAAAAAUAAUAAAUUUUGUGAAGACAAGAAUGCUUUUGUGUCACCCGAAGUUUUGAAAAAUACAGAUGGGAAUUCUCAAGUUGGAAAAGUAAUGAAACAAGCAUUAAAGAAGAGGAAGAAACAACGAAGGAAAAUGGUGAAAAAGACGGAGAAUUUGGCAGACAAGCUUUUUACAGGGAUGGAACUUUCGUGA